AUGGCUGACAACUACGACAACAGAACUGCAGUGUUGCACAUUAUAGAUGCUAGGAUACAGAAGCAGCGUGUAGAGGAUAUGAAAUCUGCUGCAAAGAAGCGACACAUUGUGGUACACGAUUCUUUUAGUGAUGAUGUGACCCACAUUAUCACUGAAUACAGCGACCUAGAAGGAGUUGCGAGGAUAUUGGGAGUUGAUGUAGCAGGCCUAUUGCGGAACAGAGUAGUGGUAAAUGUGAAGUGGUUCAGCGAAUGCAUGCGAGCAGGUCAUGUGAUAGAGGUACAGGACGUACACACAGUGAAACCGGCAACCCAACCACAACAGACAGUGGAAGAGAGAGAUUCAAGAGCGGCUUCCAUCCCUGGCUAUGCUUGUCAGAGAAUUACGCCUCUAAACCACCACAAUACCAGAUUCACGGUAGCGUUGGAAACUUUGGAGAAAUAUGCAGAUCUACGAUAUGACGACAAUCAGCAGGACUACUCCAGAGCGCUGGCUUUCAGAAGGGCCUCAUGCGUAUUGAAAUCCCUGCCAGGGCCUCUAACCAAUCUACAGCAGUUAAGAAAUGUAACACAUAUUGGCGCUCACAGCAAAAGAGUCAUACAGGAAAUACUUGAAGAUGGAGUGUGUGAAGAGGUGGAAAAUAUCAUGAAAGAUCCUUUCUUUCACAAGAUGAAGGUGUUUACCAGUAUAUUUGGUAUUGGUCCUUCAAAGGCAAAGGAGUUUAUAUCCCGGGGAUGGAGUACUGUUGAAGAUGUUAAGAAUGGGUACACAUCGGCUGACUGGAGAGUUCUGUGGGGCUUGUGUUUCCAUGACGACCUUGUUACCCCAGUAACCUUGAAAGAGGCGCGUUACAUAUCAGCACUAGUGAAACGACACCUUGACGCUGUGUUACCCGGGGCUAUAAUGGAGGUAACGGGUGGAUUUCGAAGAGGGAAGCCAAUGGGCCAUGAUGUUGAUAUUCUGAUAAGCCAUCCGGCUGAGAACAAGAUAAUUGGGGCCCUACCUCGGUUGCUGCAUAGGCUGGGAACCAGUGAUGUUGUCCUGUGUGGUAAACACGAGAAUAGCUCAUAUAGAGAUGAUGUGCUUACAACUAAUUCUAAGCUCUCCCCUCGAGGGCAGCUUGAUCAUUUUGAGAAAUGGAUCGGGAUGAUUAAGGUCCCGAACAAGGUUAGGGGUGAGCAAGGUGUUAAUGAUACUAGCGGUGAAAAUGGUGCGAAGUCUACCUCUGGGCAAGAAUGUGAUAUGAAAAAAUGUAACAAUGGUAAAAAAACUGAAAGUCAGAAUGUGCAAAUUGAAACUGUCUUGUAUGAAAGAACAGCAGAUAAUGAAAAUGAUUAUUCUGUUAAUCCAACCUCAAAUCAAAAAGAGACUGAUUUAGAGGUACAAGAGACUACCACCGGUAAUAACCUUGAUGGAAGUAUUAAAGAAAGCUUAGAUUAUUCUGAUGAUAAUAAAACCCAGGAUCCAAAGGAAGUUUUGCGAACACGAGGGGACUGGAUUGCUCGACGUGUGGACCUAAUUAUCGCUCCAUACAGUCAAUAUUACUACGCUCUUGUCGGUUGGACAGGCAGUAAACAGUUCAACAGAGACGCUCGGACAUACGCUGACAGGGAACUCAAGAUGAAACUCACAAGUCAUGGACUGUAUGACUUGAAUCAGGGCCGGAAGAUUCCAGCUAGCAGUGAAAAAGAAGUUUUUGACAAUCUGAAGUUGCCAUUUAGAGAACCGAUUGACAGAAACUGCUGAUCUUCACGUUCUGUUUUAUUACAAUAGUAUUGACUUAAUAAAUAUGUGAAAUCACAUGAUUUCUUAUCUAAAUUAAAAUGUUGUAUUUUGGCAGAAAUGAAUUAUAUACAUAAUAUGACAGUUUAAUUUACUCCGAGUGCCACAGGGAUUCUUUACAAAUUGAAGGUUUUUGAAUUGGACCUUAAUCCAGUGUUGUACGCAAAAAUGAAUAAUUUUGAAAACUUAGAUUAUUUUGUUUGUCAUUUUGGGAUUUGUAGCUGAUGAUGCAUAUUGAGUAUUAAAAAAAAUUAUUACUGGUAUAUGCUUUCUGGUGGUUCAUAGAGAUUUAUCAGUGAAAUAUAUUUUACUGUUUCAAACAAUGACAAUAUCAACAUGAUAUUUUUCACUGUUUUGAAAUUUUAGCCCAUUUUGCUAUCCAAACCAAACAGAGCGCACAGGGCUGGGACACAAUAUCUUUUAAGUCAUUUCUUAAAUGUCGUUUGAAUGCAGUUUGGUGCAUUUUUUUUUAAAUAAAAUGCACAUAUUUUAAAUGUGAUUAAACAAAAACAUUUUUAAGCAUAUAAUUAGAUUAUUUUUAGGUAUAUUGAUAGCUUCUUAUUAAGUAAAAAGAAGAAAGUAGAAAGUUUGCAAUAUAUUUCACCUCGUUAACACCAAAAGUGCCAUGGCUACGCUUCUCGUGAAAUAUAGCUUGUAGUGCUCACUCGGUAAAUCAUAUUACAAUCUUA